AUGGCAGAACGCACAAGCAACUUCACAACCGAGGCCUACCUAGCAGCCUCUCAAGCAUGGUUGAAUCUGAUAUUUGACAAAUUUUGGGCACAAUUGGCAGCACGGCAGAUGGUCACACCACAACCCGUCCAACAUACAGCCGAACCUGAGAAAUCACAGACUUACCUACACAGCCCUGCCAAGCGCCCAAAACCGCCAAGCACCCAGAUAAACCUGUGGCGCUCCCGCAAAAAGCUACAAAAGCUGAAAAUACAUACGCCUGUCUCCCCAUGGAGGCUUGCAAAACCCGGGGGAAAGCACAUGGCGGUGAAUAGCACAGACAAGGGCCAAGCUAACGGGACUCUAACACCCACAACGCACAAGAUGGCAGACCUAUGUGCAGGAGCACCACGAGGCACUCAGGCGCAGUACAGCCUCACACCCUCAAGAAAGGUACAGACCCGCAAGACACCUACCCAUUGCAGAGCAAACCACGACCUCCCCACAGACUGGGCAUCGGAUGAACGGGUGAGAAGCCGCGGACGGUCUUUUGGCAUGUCCCAGCAAGGACGCUGA